AUGCGUCUCUUUGCUGGUGUCUCUUUUGUUGACGCGUCUAUUUUUCUCUCCCUCUUGUCAACGCGUCUCUUUUUCCAACGCGUCUAUUUGGUCAUUUCUCUCUCUCUUGUUCAACGCGUCUCUUUUUUCCAACGUGUCUAUUUGUUCUCUCUCUCUUGUCAACGCGUCUCUUUCCAACGCGUCUCUUCAGUCAUAUUCUCUUUUGAUAACGCAUCUUUUGUCAACGCCCCUCUUCUGCUUCUGCGUCCUUUGGUCAGCUUUGAACGCUCAUCCACCAUGGCCCGCACCAAGAACACCGCCAAAAAAUCCAAUGGUGGCUCAGCACCACGCAUCCUCCUCACUACUUCAAGAACCGGUAAAACUGGUACUUCUGGAGUAGACGCCCAGAGAAGGAAGGCUUUGACUGCCUCCAAGGUCACAACUGUGGGAGGUGGGGACCUUGAAAAGAGAAAUGCUCAUCAUAAGGCUUUGACCGCCGCCAAGGCUACCUUGCCUAUUGGAGGUGGGGACUUGGACAAACUAGGUGGUCACAACGAGUUCUGCAUACUCUGCAGGGAUGGUGCAGAGCGCUAUGAAGACAAUACCCUCUUCAUGUGCGCUCUGUGCCCCAGAGUGGUGUGCAGACUCUGCCUGCAGCUGCCGCCCGAUCUGGAGACCAAAGUCCUGCAAGAGGACGUCUCAUUCAGGUGCAUUUGUUGCCAUAUCAAGAUGGAACAAGGCGGCACCUACUUUGGUUUCUAUAACGCGAAUGGCCUUCCGGCCUUGGAUAGGUUCUUGCCCAUCAACGGUGCGCUUGAGUUGUCCGAGCUAGCCGAAAUAUCGGCGGCGCCAGUGAUUUUUAUACACCUUAUUCUCGUCAACUUGUCAGUGGCUGGUAGCCCUUUGGAGUUCGCUCAUUCCUUUCUCAAGCCCUACUACACUGGCGACGGCAUCGAAUAUCUUGAUGUCUACUAUGACAUUGGGUCUGAUGCCAAGGCCGCCCCCUACCGCAGCAAAGUCUGGAAGAUGAUUAAAGUUUUGAAGAACUUGUUCAUCUGGGAACGUGUAGUCAUCGGCAUUUCCACUCAUACUGAUGAGGAUUUUGGCAACCCUUUUAUUGGGUAUGAGGAUGGUGAUACCAACAACUAUCUCAGCACUUUGGUUGAUGAUGUGAGUUUUUUCUUUCAAAGUUGGCCAAUAGUGACGCUUGUUGCAGUUCUUGGAAUAAUUCUCCAACCCUGGCAAACUAUCAUCGACCACGCCCAGGAAUCUUACCUCUGGAUGUUAUGUUGCGGCUCCCUUGUCAACAACUCAGACUCAUUCCAUGGCUUGCAAGAGGCUGUUGCCUGGUAA